AUGGCUGUGCUGCUGCUCGUCCAGUGCACAGCGCAAGCAGCGAGUGAUCAGAAGCCCCUAGUCUCAAGAAUCACCCAGGAUUUCAACACCUCCCUCUACACCGUCUCCAUCAAGAACGGCGCGCCGCUCGUCGUCGACCUCGCCGGCUCGCUCGUCUGGUCGACGUGCCCGUCCACGCACAGCACCGUGCCGUGUCAAUCCGGUACGUGCGGCGCGGCCAGCCAGCAGGGACCGCCUCGCUGCCGGUACGUCGACGGCGGCUGGUUCUGGUCCGGCCGCGAGCCAGGGUCGCGCUGCGUGUGCACCGCUCACCCGUUCAACCCGGUCACCGGCAAGUGCUCCACCGGCGAUCUCACGGGCUUCGCCAUGUCGGCCAACACGACCAACGGCACUGACCUGCUGUACCCGGAGGCGCUCACCGCCGUCGGCGCGUGCGCGCCCGAGCGGCUGCUGGCGUCGCUGCCCCAGGCGGCCGCCGGCGUCGCGGGGUUCUCCGCGACGCCGCUCUCGCUGCCGUCGCAGCUCGCCGCGCAGCGCGGCUUCGGCAACAGGUUCGCCCUGUGCCUGCCGGUGUUCGCGGCGUUCGGCGACACGCCGGUGUACCUGCCGAACUACAAUCCGUCCGGGCCCUUCGACUACACGAAGAGGAUCCAGCAAACCCCGUUCCUGACGAACCCAAGAACCCCCGGCUACUACCUCCCCGUCAAAGGCAUCUCCGUGUCGUGGCGCGGCCCCAGCGUCCCGGUCUCCCUGCCCGCCGGCGCGCUCGACCUCGACGUCCGCACGGGCCGCGGCGGCGUCGUGCUGAGCACGGUGACGCCGAACGCGGUCAUGCGCCCCGACGUGUUCCGCGCCUUCGCCAAGGCGUUCGACACGGUCGUCGUCAGGGACUCGGGAGGCAGGAUGGCGCGGGAGGCGCCCGGCCACCGGCGGUUCGAGCUUUGUUACGGCGGCGCCGGUGGCACCAGCUUCACCUUCCCGAUGAUGAAGUGGACGGGGAUCGACGCGCCGGCGAUCACGCUGCAGCUGGGCGCCGGAGCCACGGGUAACUGGACCAUACUCAACAGCAACUACCUACGAGAGUGGUCGUGCGUCGGGGUCGUCGAGAUGGGGCCGGAGGGCAUGCCGGUGGACGGCGAGCCGGCCGUCGUGCUCGGCGGGGUGCAGCUGGAGAACGUCCUGCUGGUGUUCGAUCUGGACAAGCGCACGCUCGGAUUCAGCCGGCUACUGGAGUGGGACCUGACGAGUUGUUACAGCGCAACCAUGUUUCGAUACAAGCUGCCCACAACUCAACCAUGA